AUGGCAGGGUCAGAUCCGGGCCGCCGCCGCUCCGGCGUGCCGCCGGCCAAGUUUAGCUUUAGCAUCGUGGAUUCUAAGUUCCCAGUCCCUAGCCUGGAAGCCGCGGACCUUGCAGCGGCGCCGGCAAUGGCGCGUCAGCGGCGGUCGAUCGGCGGUGCCCGCGCGGCGGCGGUCACGCUCGUGGUGGUGGCCGCGCUGCUCGCCGCCGCGGUGCCUGGGCGCUGCGUGGCGCAGGACCUGGCGAGGGACCGCACGGCGCUGCUGGCGCUGCGGGACGCGCUGGACCGCGGCCGCCUCCUCCCGUGGGACCCCGCGGCGGCGUCGCCGUGCGGGUGGCGCGGCGUCGCGUGCGCCGCCCACUCCCAGGGCGGGGACCGUGUCGUGGAGCUCCGGCUCCCCGGGAAGCGGCUCUCCGGGACGAUCCCGCCCGGCACGGUCGGGAACCUCACCGCGCUACGGAAGCUGUCGCUCCGGCACAACGCCAUCUCGGGGCAGAUCCCCGCCGACGUCGGCAGCUGCGGCGAGCUGAGGGUGCUGUCCCUGAGGAACAACCGCUUCGCCGGCACCGUGCCGGAGGGCCUCUUCUCGCUGGCGGUGCUCAAGCACGUCGACCUCGCCCUGAACGGACUCACCGGCGGCGUAUCGCAGGAGUUCAACCGGCUCAACCAGCUGGGCACGCUCUUCCUCGAGGGCAACGACCUCGCCGGCGAGCUCCCUGCGGGGCUAUACCUCCCCGGUCUCUCGCGGUUCAACGUGUCGUUCAACGCGCGGCUCGCCGGCCCCGUGCCGGCGUCGCUCGCCAGGAUGCCGGCGACCGCGUUCCUCGGCACGGGGCUCUGUGACGGCCCCCUCUCCGCGUGCGCGCCACCGCCGUCGGGUGACAGGAAGAGGAAACUAUCCCGUUGGGCGAUCGUCGGCAUCACCGUCGGCGCCGCGCUCCUCCUCCUGCUCGUCAUGGGGCUCGUCGCCUUCCUCCGCCGGCGUCGGGCGCCGGCCGGGAGGCCCGCGGGUGCCGCCGCCGCCGCCAACGUGCACGCGGGCACCGCGCCUAUAACGGUGACAGUGGCGAGGACGGACAGGGACGCCGCCGUGAAGCAGUCGCACGCCCCGCCGCUCGCGCCGGCAAUGGUCGGCGAGGGCAAGAAGCUGGUGUUCCUGGGGAGCGCGCCGGAGAGGCCGUACGACCUGGAGACGCUGCUGCGGGCGUCGGCCGAGGUGCUCGGCAAGGGCGCCUUCGGCACCACGUACCGCGCCACGCUCGACGGCGGCGAGCCCGUCCUCGCCGUCAAGCGCCUCCGCGAGGUGCGCCUCUCCGAGCGCGAGUUCCAGGACAAGGCGGCGACGAUCGGCGCCCUCCGCCACGACAACCUGCCCCGCCUCCGCGCCUACUUCUACGGCAAGGAGGAGAAGCUCCUCGUCUACGACUUCGUCGGCGCCGGCAGCCUCGCCGCCCUGCUCCACGACGGCGGCGCGGAGGGCCGGGCGCGGCUGGACUUCACGGCGCGGGCGCGCAUCGCGCUGGCGGCGGCGCGCGGCGUAGCGUUCAUCCACCGCGGCGGCGGGGCCGAGUCGGCGCACGGCAGCAUCAAGUCGUCCAACAUCGUCGUCACCGCCGCGCGCGACGGCGCCUACGUCUCCGACUACGGCGUUGCGCAGCUCGCGGGCGCCGCCGCCGCGGAGCAGCCACGCCGGGACGCUGGGUACCACGCCCCGGAGGUGCUGCUGGCCGGCGCGCGCGCCGCGCCGGCGCAGAGCGCGGACGUGUACAGCUUCGGAGUGGUGGUGCUGGAGCUGCUGAGCGGCCGCGCCCCCGGGCGCGCCGCUGCACCCAUACUCGCCGGCGGCGGCAGAAACGGCGGCGUGGACCUGCCGCGGUGGGUGCGGUCGGUGGUGCAGGAGGAGUGGACGUCGGAGGUGUUCGACGCCGCCAUCGCCAACGAGCCGCGCGUGGAGGAGGAGAUGCUGCGGCUGCUGCAGCUCGGCAUGGACUGCACGGAGCAACAUCCCGACCGGCGCCUGUCCAUGGCGGAGGUGGAGGCGAGGAUCGAGAGCAUCGUCGAGAACGCGUGCCGGAAAGCCGACUUCAGCAGCACCGACGGCAGCCGGAGCGUGUCGGCGUGA